AUGGUGAUUGUCGCGAUGCCUCUUGGUGCUCAUCUGGUGAUUUGGUCAAUCACAAUCUUCCUCGGUUACUAUAUCCUUCCUUACCUGACAACAUAUUCGUCCUUACGUCGGAUUCCGGCUGCAUCCUUUUGGGCCGCUUUCAGUAAUUUCUGGCUCGCUCUUCAAUCUCGUCGAGUCAAAAGGUCGCUCACGGUCCAUGAAGCCCAUCUGAGGAAAGGAGAGGUUGUGCGGAUCCAACCGAAUCACGUCUCUAUUGCAAACAAGAAUGCAAUCCAAAUCAUCUACGGGCACGGCAACGGUUUCCUCAAAUCGGACUUCUACGACGCCUUUGUGACGUUCGGGCCCGGUCUGUUUAGCACGCGUGACCGAAAUGAGCAUACGCGGAAGCGCAAGACAGUCUCUCACACAUUUUCUGCAAAGUCGGUGGCCCAAUUUGAGCAGUAUAUGAGAUGCCACCUAGACGUCUUGAUUCGGCAGUGGGACGGCCGUUGCCAAAAUGCCAAUGGACAAUUUGCCCGGAUUGAUUCAAUGAGAUGGUCCAACUAUCUCGCUUUCGAUAUCAUAGGGGACCUAGCAUUUGGUCAACCGUUUGGGAUGCUGGAGAAGGGUCAAGACAUUACAGAAGUCAAGUCCAAGAUCGACGGGCAGAUAUCCUAUUGCCGUGCGAUAGAGUCCAUUAAUGUUCGCGGGGAAUUGAUGAACACACUUGGUUCUGUGCCGUUUUUGAUCCCCUAUGCAAAAUACAUCCCUGAUCCUCUGGUCCAGAGAGGUCUGAGAGCAAAAGGCGGGGUGCACGGCAUUGGUGUUGCCAGCGUCAGUGCACGCCUUGAAGCAGGAAGCGGACAUGACAGGGUCGACAUUUUGGCUCGUCUGAUAGAAGGGAAGGAUGAAAAUGGACAGCCCAUGGGAAAAGCCGAGUUACUUUCCGAGGCUCUCACCCAGAUCGUUGCGGGCAGCGACACUACCUCGACCGCUCUUUGUGCGCUUACAUAUUGGAUGCUGAAGACGCCCAGGAUCCUGGAGAGACUCCAGAAAGAACUCGACAGUGUGCUCCCCGAUGAUGUGGAGAUUCCGACAUUCGAACAAGUCAAAGACUUGCCCUAUCUGAAAAUGGUCAUCAAUGAGGCCUUGAGAGUUCAUCCGCCAGUCAGCUUGGGCCUUCCACGUGUCGUACCACCAGGGCCAGGGGUCGAGCUUUGUGGCCACUUCUUCCCGCCGGGUACCGUCCUAAGCGUGCCAAUAUACACAAUGCAUCACUCCAAAGAGAUCUGGGGAAGUGACGCUGACGAAUUCAAACCUGAGAGGUGGGAAACAGUUACAGAGGAACAGAGGGCAGCCUUUAUCCCGUUCAGUGUUGGCCCCAGAAGCUGCAUAGGAAGAAAUGUGGCGGAGAUGGAGUUGAUCCUGGCCGUUGCGACGAUCGCGUUCAGGUAUGAUUUCAGAUUGUACGAAGAAGAGUGGUCACUGCGCGAGAGCCUGUUGAGGAAACCUACAGGGUGUGAGAUAGGGAUUAGAUUGAGGGUUCGGCCCCAAAACAGCACCAUCUAG